AUGUCGCCCACUUCUUCUCCCGCGACCUCACCACCUGCCAUCUCACCGCCCGCCGCUAAUACGGCACAUCCCGCACUUACUCCGAUCAUAACUUCGCCGCCUGCUCGUAGGAGCGCUCUGCCUCGACCCAUGUCGCACGCCUCCAGGAACCGCUUGUCGCAAUACUCGACGGCGAGUUCUAUACCAUCAAGAUCGCGACCUCCUUCACACAUCUUUCCACUCUAUGUUUCGAGUUUACCCUACACCCUCGUUCGGGACUUUGCCUAUCCGGCAUCGCAUCCCAUGCACUAUGGCCCUCCGCCCGAGCCAUCAGGCCCGCCGUCGGGCAUGACUACGCCGGCUAGUGAAACUCGGCGUCUAUCCGACCCGCCGACGUCGUGGGAUAGUAGGAUAAGUUGGGAUAGUAGUUCAUGGGCUAGCGGGGGAUCCAAUCGGGCGGGCGAAUUGCCAUCAAUUCAGUUUACCGACGGUCCGCCAUGGAGCGAGGAUGAUGAUCUCAAGAGUCCCGUAGUUAGCUCACGGCACAGAAAACAUAAGUCUUCGGGCGGCGCGCACGGGAAGAGUCGGGGUAGCCGCGACGCCGGUUCAAUGCUUAAUGCCGACAACUCGGACGAUCGCGGAGGAAGCUACGCCGGCGCCGGCGAUGCAGGCGGCGAGCGAUACUACAUCAACCAUGGGGGCGAAGCCAAUGGCCCCGGCGGCGAAUAUGUUACUUACCACCCAGACCAGGCACGGUUAGACGGAAGCGACUAUCAGCUUUCCAGCCAGCAGCCGCGGCAGUACGAGGCUGGCGACUACGGCUCUGACGACUCAAGCACGUGCUCAUCCCCGGGCUAUCAUAACACGGACGAGUCCCGGUACUCGCGAGAUUAUCAGUUCACAAUCACCUCGCCAGACGAGGAAAUGCACGGCAAGGCCGUAGCCCUCUUUGAUUUCGAGCGAGAAAAUGACAGCGAGCUCCCCCUCGUGGAAGGGCAAAUCAUCUGGGUCUCGUACCGGUACGGCCAGGGCUGGCUGGUAGCCGAGGACCCCAAGACGCAAGAAAGCGGGCUCGUGCCUGAGGAAUACGUGCGUCUGUUGCGCGACAUCGAAGGCGGCAUGACGAGCCUAACCGGCCACCUCCACACGGGCGACGCCAGCCCAGCCAGUCCCAGCCCGGCCACCGACGCCGGCACGCCCACGCAGGCCGAGUACCCGCACUCACCGGCACUCACGACGGCGAGUUAUGCCUCGUCCACACUGACAAACAACACCACGGGCAGCACAACGACAAACGGCUACCACCAGCCCAUCGUGUCUACCUUUUCCACCUCCAGCAAAGACCUCGACCCGUACCCGCAACACCUGCUCGGCACUCAGGCCGGCCAGCCGCCCCCGCAGGUGGUGCACUACCACGGCCAGCGAGGCGGGAGCCAGGCCAACACGCCCACACUGGCGAUGCAUCAAGGGCUGGGGUUUGCCGGAGGUGCCUCUUCUAGGCGGGCAAGCCAGGAUACAGCGACGGGUAAGGCGGACGCAGCGGGGUCAGGGCCAAGGGGUGGGACAGAGAAGAAGAGGGAGUCAAGGUGA